CUAUUUUUUAUUUUUAUUUUUAUUUAUUUUUAAUAAUUUUCAUCAUCAACCUAGGCGUAAGUACUGAUCUGUUUUGGUUUGCCGCGCGCUUCAAUUACAGUGGUUCAAAUUCCCUGAACGUAAGCACACCAUUUGGAUCUAUCUGUUCAAAAUGCUUUUAAACUCUAACUCUAAUUUCUCUCUAGACUUUGCAUGGAAGUGGGGCUUCUUCUUCAUCUCUGAGAAAGCUCAAAGCUCAUAGUCAGAUCCUUGAUUGAGUUAUCAGGCCUAACAAUGUUCGGUAAUGAUUCUAUCACAGGAGAAUCUCCAUCCAGGCAUGAACUGUUGAGUAUAGUGAGAAAGCACUCAAAAUUAUUGGGGAAGACUACGGUUGACGAUGAAGAUGCUUCAGACCCUGAAAUGGAUGCAAGGUUUUGGCAGAAAAUGUUUGACAUGUAUUGCAUUCAGGGUAGAGAGUUUAAGGCACGGCAGGACGAUGAUCUCAUCUUUUUCGUGAGACACAUGGGUUUGUAUCAUGGGUAUGGUUUCAAUGAUUCUAUGGAGGAAGUUCCUCCUUAUUUCGUCCGCAGGUGGGCGCCAGAGUUGGAAAAGGUAGUUGGAGAAAAAUCUGCUGAAGUGGAUUGGAGACGCUCAGUUUACUUGAAUUUGAUUGCGCACACUUCAUAUACUGUAACAGUAGCAAUUUGCAGUAUUCAGGCCUUGAGGAGCCAUCAAAAAGGGGCAGAUACGCCAUUAUCUCCAGUCUAUAAGGUGACAAAGACCGUCUAUGCAUCUCCAAGUCGUGUUGAUUUUCAGUUGGACUCAAGAAAGGAUGUAGAGACACUCCCUGCAUAUCCUAAUAUUUGCUUUGCUGUUGAUGACUUUGAUGCCACUUUUGAUGCUGUGGUACUGUCUGAAUUCGAACAUUGCUACUGUGUUCUUCUUAAUGCACAUGAUGGAGCAGCAUUUCCUAAUGAAAAGGCAACUGAGGGAAGCUGCUCUAGUGAUAUCUCAAACCAUGACAAGGAUUCGGGGAAGCCAAAGACUUCGAAGCUGACCCUCUUUUCUGGAUUUGUCAGCUAUGAGAUGGUUCGGGAAGCAUAUGAUGCUGGGAAGUCUAGAUUUGGAAGCCUUCUGUCUAUUGGGAACCUCCCUGCAAAAGUUGAGAGGCUUUACAUGAGAGGGCCUGGAGGGCGAGGAGAAGUGGAAGUUGCUGUCUCUGGCAUUGCAGACCAGAGUGCACAGAUGUCCGGGCCUCCUUCCCCAGUUCAAAUGUCUAAAAGAGGCUUACAUAUUGGUAUUGGGACCAUGGUUCGUAAAGCAGCUACAGUUGCUUCCGUAGCGGCAAAGCAGGCUUAUGCUGCUGCCUCUUCCACAAAGAAAUCAGACCAUGGAAUGUUACCCCUGAAGUGUUGCUUAAUGUCCAUUUCGUUGCCAUGGGAAAAUCUUGCACAUGAUUUAUUAUUCAAGGGAGCCUCUUCAGUGGAUAUGUGAUCUAUGUCUCUGCAAAAUCUGGAGGUUUGAUAUAACUGAAGGGUGCCAUUCAAAGCUGGAAAUUAGCACUGGGCUAGUACAUAUAUUCACAUUUGAUGCCUGUGAGUGUAAAUAUUUUUUUUGUAAUUAACUUAAAUUUGUGUUAUUUCCUUUAUCUCCAUUUCUUUUCUGUGUUUACUUAUCUGAUUUUUUUUUUUGGUGGCCAAAAUGGCAUUGCUUGUGUCACAUGAUAUUGUAUAGGUUCCUUGUGUAAACAGCAGUAAAUUCAGUCAUCUCUUUUCA